UCGUUCACUGUUUGAAUUGAAUGAUUAUUUUAAAAAAUUUGUAAAAAAUUCGAUAAUAUGAGCAGUAACGUUAGUUGUAGUAAAUCUAUCGUUGAUCACUUCUUCAGACUAUCUGGAAGACAUUUUCCAUCUCACUGUAAGUGCGAAAAACCUAAAAAGGCGUUACGAAAUUGUAUUGUAUGUGCAAAGAACAAUGUAAGAAGAAGAUCACGCUAUGAGUGUGAAGAGUGUGACGUGGGCCUAUGUGUUGUACCCUGUUUUAAAAUAUAUCAUACUCAAUUGUAUUAUUAAUUAUUAAAGUAAAUUAUCAAAGCUAAGGUAUAUGUAUCAUAUCUUUAGAAAGAAUGACAAUUUAAUACUCAAAAACUUCAUUCCAAUGUAAUCGAAUAGAGAACAGUAUUGUCUAUUAUAAAAUAAUAGUGCUGUAUCGGUUGCGCGCAAUUCGCGUCGAACUCUGACGAACAGAGAAACAACCCCGCGUAAAGUCGUUCCUAAGAGGUUAACGAUAUACAGGAAAUGUCUACUGCAAUGGAAAUGCUUGAUUCUUGUGAAAACAAUGAUUUGGUAGAUAGUAGUCAACAUUUUAAAGAACGUGCAGAACGAAAUCGUCAAAAAGCAUUGCUUUUAAAGAAAUCUAAAGUUCUGACUCAUCCUUAUGCAACAAGUGAAAAUGGAGAAUCAAUAAAAGGUAGAUCAUUAAAAGUCCAAGGACAACGUGUUAUAGAUAGUGGUGGUGGCUUUCUCAUAGAAGAAAAUGAUGAUCUAGAAGAACAAUUGUUAAAAAUAACAACUGAUCCUGCUCCUAUCAUUGUUGAUUCACCUCAUUGUGAUGAAUGUCAAGAGGAAUUUAAAGAUUCUUAUCUUUUGAAAACGUUUGAUCUUCCAGUAUGUGAUAAGUGCAGAGAUUCAAGUGGGAAACAUUCUUUAAUUACAAAAACAGAAGCAAAACAAGAGUAUUUAUUAAAAGACUGUGAUCUUGAUAAAAGAGAACCUCCAUUGAAAUGCAUCACUAGAAAAAAUCCUCAUAAUUCAAAUUGGGGUGAAAUGAAAUUGUAUUUACACCUCCAAAUAGAACAAAGAGCUCUGGAGGUAUGGGGAUCUGAAGAAAAUUUAUUGAAAGAAAAAGAAUCUCGUGAUAUUAAAAGAGAAGGAACUAAAAUUAAGAAAUUUAAUAAAAAGAUUAAACAGUUACGAAUGCAAGUGAGAAGUUCACUGUAUGAUAAAACAACAAAAGCAUCCCAUACACACAAUUUUGGGGAAGAUACCUAUAAUGAAGAUGAUGAUACAUAUACACACACUUGCAUUUCUUGUGGUUAUGAAGAAACGUAUGAAAAAAUGUAAUAAGCUUAAUUUAGAUAUUUAUUAGACUGUGUUUUACCAUUGUAUGUCUUUCCUGGUGUAUUCGAAUUUUUCCACCAUUUGCCAAAUGUAUACAAAAAGUACAAGAAUCUGGGAAACUUUUAGUUUUCGUAUUAAUUUAUUUUUAUAUAUUUUUUGUUACUGAAAUGUUU